AUGCACAUCUCUGUCCCGCCACCUCUUCCCGUUUGUGUCUAUAUCUGCCCCCUCCACAACAAUGCUCAUUUGCAUUUAUUUCUCUCCUUCGCCAACUCAGCUCGUUUGUGUCCACCACCCACCAGCUCUGCACGUUUUACACCUAUCUCUGACCCUCCAAGAAAACACGAUUUGGCCUAUCGCUGCUCGGCCACCACUUCCGGUUUGCGUCUCUCUCUGACCCAUCAACAAUGCCCAUUUGCAUCUAUCUCUUCCUGCCCGACUCUGCCCGUUUGCAUCUGCGUUUCGUUACGUUUACCUGAUUGCGUCUACUUAUCCCUCACCAAUUCUGCCAGUUUGCUUCUAUCUAUCCCCCACCACGUAUGUCCUAUUGCAACGAUUCCCCGUCACCUCUGCCAUUUUGCGUCAAUCUCUACCCUACCACUUCUAUUCGUUUGCACAAUCUCUCGUGUGUGGUGCAAUUUUAGACGCAAACGGGCAAAGUUGCCGCAGCAGAGAUAG